CAUCAAGGGGGUUUUCUGAAUUCCACUUAUUUAUUUCGUAGAACCGUCUUCGCUUUUCGACCCAUUUAAGGAAUUUGUGCAGUAAUCUGCUCUUUUUUACGAUUUUAUAUCAUGUAAUGAGAUUAUGAAGAAAUAAUAGAGAAUUGUGGUUCAUGCGCCAAAAAAUGAGCCGAUUUGAGUCUAACAUGGAGCAUCCACCAUCAACAGCUCGAUUGGCUUACACAUCAGAUAAACAUCCAAGACAAACUUUCGAAGCUAUAAAUCUAUUACGUAAAAACCGAGAACUUUGUGAUGUUGUUUUAAUUGUUGGUGUAAAAAAGAUAUUUGCCCAUCGCGUUAUCCUUUCAGCAUGUAGUCCUUAUUUUCACGCCAUGUUUACUUGUGAAUUGGCAGAAAGUCGACAGACUGAGGUGCCGAUACGUGACAUCGACGAAAAUGCCAUGGAAUUAUUAAUAGACUUUUGUUACACUUCCAACAUAACUGUGGAAGAAAGUAACGUUCAGACAUUAUUGCCAGCAGCAUGUUUAUUACAGCUGGUGGAAAUACAAGAAGUUUGCUGUGAGUUUUUGAGACGGCAACUCGACCCUUCCAAUUGUCUGGGUAUCCGUGCUUUUGCUGAUACUCAUGCUUGUAGAGAUUUAUUGAGAAUAGCUGAUAAAUUUACACAAAAUAACUUCCAAGAUGUUAUGGAAUCCGAAGAAUUUUUAUUGUUACCUGUCAAUCAAUUAGUAGAAAUAAUAUCCAGUGAUGAAUUAAAUGUAAGAUCUGAAGAACAGGUUUACCAGGCUGUUAUGGGCUGGGUUAAAUAUAGUAUACAAGAAAGGCGACAACAUUUACCAACUGUACUACAACAUGUUCGAUUGCCGAGAAUGAGUGCCAAAUUUCUAGUGGGAACUGUGGGGUCAGAUCUCUUAAUCAAAAGUGAUGAAGCAUGUCGUGAUUUAGUAGAUGAAGCCAAAAACUAUCUUCUCUUGCCUCAAGAGCGACCCUUAAUGCAGGGUCCGCGAACCAGACCACGAAAACCAAUAAAAUGUGGAGAAGUUUUAUUUGCAGUUGGUGGUUGGUGUAGUGGUGAUGCUAUAUCUAGUGUAGAGAAAUACGAUCCUCAAGCCAAUGAAUGGAGACUUGUAGCUCCUAUGAGUAAAAGAAGAUGUGGUGUAGGCGUGGCUGUAUUAAAUGAUUUAUUAUAUGCUGUAGGAGGUCAUGAUGGACAGUCUUAUCUUAACAGUAUAGAAAGAUAUGAUCCUCAUACCAAUCAAUGGAGUAGUGAUGUAGCACCAACUAGUUCGUGUCGUACUAGUGUUGGUGUAGCUGUAUUAGGUGAUUAUCUAUACGCUGUCGGAGGACAAGAUGGCGUCUCUUGUUUAAAUUAUGUUGAGAGGUAUGAUCCUCAGACUAAUAAAUGGAAUAAAGUAACAUCAAUGAGUACAAGAAGAUUAGGAGUGGGUGUGGCAGUAUUAGGGGGAUCACUCUAUGCUGUGGGAGGGAGUGAUGGUACAUGUCCUCUUAACACAGUUGAACGAUACGAUCCAAGAGGUAAUCGUUGGAAUCCAGUAGCAUCCAUGGGAACGAGGCGGAAACAUCUGGGCGUGGCUGUGUUUAAUAACAUGAUCUACGCAGUUGGUGGUCGUGAUGAUACAACAGAGCUCUCUAGUGCAGAAAGAUACAAUCCUCAGACUAACAUGUGGCAACCUGUUGUAGCCAUGACAUCCAGAAGAAGUGGUGUGGGACUGGCUGUAGUAAAUGGACAGUUAAUGGCAAUCGGUGGUUUUGAUGGAACAACUUACCUUAAAACAGUAGAAGUUUACGAUCCUGAAGGAAACUGCUGGAGGAUUGUGGGAGGAAUGAACUAUAGACGUUUAGGAGGAGGUGUUGGUGUCGUUAAAAUGCCAUCUAACGAUUCUCAUAUCUGGUGACUGAUACGAUGAAUUGAUAUGUGGGACUAUUUUUUAUGCACAUUGAUGUUUGUGUUGAAUAUCUCGGAGCGAUUGAUAACAUAUUUUUUAAAAUACAGAUGUGACGUCACCCUUUGAUGUUGGCGUACCAUUAUUUCAAACAAUGGUAUGGGCAAUGUGCCAGGCGUACAUUAUUUAUACUAGUUGUAAUAUUGGACCCGUGUGACGUAUAUUUCAGUGAAAUGCAUGCGCUGGAUGGUGUUUAAAGGUCUCAUGCAAGACAUUGCGUAAUAUAUAGCACUGAUUGACAGAUAAAUUAAUGAAUGAAUGACAUAAAAUUAUUUAAGACAUGUAUUUAAACAUAGAUUAUACAAGAGCUAAAUCUGUCUAUUGCUGGUCUUUUUUUAGGCCUGAAAUGUUAUCUAAAUUAUUAAUUAGACAUUAAUUAACUUGUCCAGACCAUAAUCAACUCUCGAUGUCAUCGCUAGUCUGCGAUAUUGACUGGAUUAGAAUUCGAUCUGCUGCUCAACGCUCAUUGAUGAUUAAAUCAAAAAAUGGAUAAUCGAAACUAUCGUAACGACAUUAGUAAUUAUGAUCAAGGCUAGGCCAAAAAUUCAAUCGCUAAAUUCUUGGUUCAGAGUGGAUCAAUUUGACUGAAAUUUUCAGCAAAUUGCCUUUACAUUGUCUAGUUUUUAUCUAGCUCUUUAUCUAAUCUCCCAUAAUGUAUCUUUAAGACUGAACCACCAAUACCAAAAUUUAAUUGAUGUAGAUUGCUUAUUGUGUACUUAUGUAAACAGAAAUAUCAGUAAGUCAUCUGGGCCCUGUUUCUCGAAAUCUUAACUAAAGAUAAAAUCCAAAUUUUAGUAGAUACUUCAAUUUUGAUUGGCUAAGCACUGAAAUCAAUCUAAUAUUAUCCAAUCAAAUUACUAAAGUUUGUAUUUUAUCUUAGUUAAAAUUUCGUGAAACAGGCCCCUGAUAUUUUCUGGUGUAUGUACCCGUACUUAAAUUAUACGUGAAUCUAAGUCAUUUUCUAGAUAUUAACAAGACAGCUGUUUAAACAAUUUCCUGAUGGGUAUAAAGACGCAAAUUAUUGAUGAUAAAAGGUAAAAAAAAUUAAGAUUACUCUCAGGUGUAAAAUUUAAACUGUAAAUCGUGAUUUUUUUUAAACCAAAUUUGUAGGAGCAGAUUUUAUGUUUACACUUCUAAUAAUAAGCUGAAAGUCUUGUUAGUUAACAAAACAAAAGCACGAUAAAAAGUGUUAGCUAUGUGAACUUCUCAAAUAAAGGAGAAGUGUUAUCAGGUGUUCUAGAUAUCAAUCUGAUUAAAACACAGAUCCUAUUUCGUUUCGUUUUUUUAUACUUCAAAAUUUCGUUUUACUUAUCUUUACUACACUAGUAUCUUGAAGAGUUGUUAUGUAGCCUGCGUUCUGGAUGGCAUGAGGGAUUAGCCAAUGAAACCAUCUGUUACGCCGACUUCUUAGCAUGCGAUGCACGGAACUGUGGGUAAACCACUAGAAACAUCAAUGCUGGUGAUUAAUCAAUGGCUGAUGUCAUAGGGUCAAAAGCCGCUCAUGCGACCCCUGACUCGACCUCCCACUACAACCGGUCAAAUCUUCAUGUAGUGUAGGCAAUCAAAAGUAUAAAAAAAAAGGAAACGAAAUAUAGAUCUGUAUUAUAUUUGACUUUUAUAAUGUAAGAUCUGAUUUCAAACAAAAAAUUGAAUUUUACUAUUGAAUGAUUACGUGUGGUAGAAGUGUGAAUAAUCUUAUUUCUAAGAUUUAAAAAACAAUUUAUUUUUUUUCAUGUGAUAUGAUUAACAUCUGCAUGACUUGGGCAUUUAUUUGUUUAUUUAUUUUUAUGUAAUUGUUUAUUAGUACUUCUGUUAUUUAUUAUUAUGAGAUGUAUUUUAAAUCUACAAAAUAGUUUUACUUCUCAUUCAAGAUGAUUCCUAAAUCAAAGAAAUGUUUUGUGUAUGUAUAUAUAUAUAUAUAUCUUUCCUCAAAACUAAAUUCAAAUUUGUUUAAAAUGUAAUAGCAAGACCUUAGUCCUAAGAAAGACCUCUUGGUUUUUAUCUUAAUCCUAGAACUUCAUUGGUCCAAAACAUUGGUUUGCGAUCAUUAGGUCACUUUAGCAUGGACAGUCGACUUCACAGGGCAUUUUACACCAAACCUAACUGAAUGUAUAUACGAAAUAGGGAUGUUUAAACUUAUAUAGGGGGGAGAGGGAUGCUUGAAUGCUGCAUCAUAAGGUCUGUCAUUGAGUCAAUUGGCGUGGUUUCUAUUCCCCGGUUGUACGUGACAGGGUCGCCUGUCCAACCUUGUGGCUUUUCUCCGGGUCCUCUGGUUUCCUCUCACUGCUAAAGACCCCUACACGCAACCCAAUUAUUGAAAUAAAAUUGAACCGUAUGUUAUUGUGGUGAACGUAAACAAUGAAACUAAAACUGGUAUGUAAACUAUUUUUUGAUUGGUUCAUAGAAUCAGCCUACAAUCAAGGGCAGAUAAUUUGAAUUCGUGAAAACCCUGUGAAUGGACCCAGGGCUUAGUAGAGUAGAACAGAACGAUACCACUGGGGAUGGAUUGUCAUUAUGAUACAUGUAUGUGCCCUUUUGGUAAUACAGGGGUAAAAUUAUCGUGGGGUGUAUGACACAAAAUUGAUCAUUAACAAGGUAAUAUGUGCAUAUACAAUAUCCAAAUAUUUUGGGCAGUAGCAAUAUUAAAUAUUUAAUUUAAAAAUAAUUGAAGGAAGAUAUGGUGGAUUUGAGUUAAUUUUUUACAAACAAUUCAGUGUUGUCUUUGUCUUACUUCAUGAUGAACUGAAGUUGUUGGUCUAAAAGUGUUAACAUGUAACGUCAUCUGAUUACCCCCUACGCGCAAGCGAAUUAUUGAAAUAAAAUUGAACCAUGUGUUAGUCCCGAAAUGACCUAGUUUUGUCCAAUGGCCGUUAAACCUCAUUUCUCUCUCUCUCUCUCUCUCUAUUCUGAUUACAAUCUCAAUUUCUAUUUCUAAUUUUUAUGUAAAUAACUAAUCAUAUAUUAUUUAAUGAUACUGUAUAAAUGAAUAGUAAGGGUAUGUUGUAUGUUAAUUGUAUAUUGAUGUAUGUUUUGUAUAAUUGUAUUUUUUGUAUCGGUUUUGUGGUAUUAAUAAUAUACAUGAAUCAACAGAUUUUUUCAUCAAUCAUUUUUAUGUAAGAAAAUAAAGUUAUAUAUUAUUUAAA